GUUUAGAUAAAGUUUUGACAUUCAAAAUGCAGUGAAAACAUGGCGGCGCCCAUGACAUGGACAAGACUUGUGUUCUCUGGGUAUACUCCUGCUUUCUGCUGGGGUUUAACGAGGAUAACAUAUCGCUUUCUCAGGACACAUGAGCGGAGGAGAGGGUCCGCUGUGCUGCUCUUGGCCCCUCUCCUGGCAGAAGCAGACUCUGCCCCCCUGGCCUCCUCCUAUAGACCUCAAGGCUUCACUGGUGCCGAGGGCCUCCACUCUCGGUUCCACUGGAUGGCUGAUCAUGUACCUGCUUUCAGGGUCCCUGGGGGCUGCAUACGCAUCCUUCACUCACCUGAUGAGUUUUAUCAGGCUAUGAAGGCUCGUAUCAAGACAGCCAAGAGUCGUGUGGUGAUGGCAUCACUGUAUCUGGGCACAGGACCACUAGAGCAAGACCUCGUGGAUUGUAUGGAAGAGGCAUUAGAGCGCUCACAGGAAGAUCAUGCACCUGAUCUCAAAGUGUCUUUUCUGCUGGAUUAUACCCGAGGCUCGAGAGGUAAGCACAAUUCCCGCACAAUGUUAAUGUCACUGCUCCAGCGUUUUCCCGAGCAGAUGAGAGUAUCCCUGUACCACACACCUGACCUGCGGGGGCUGCUGCGUCUUCUGGUUCCCGAACGCUUCAAUGAAACCAUCGGGGUGCAGCACAUCAAGGCAUACAUUUUUGACAACAGUCUCAUCAUUAGUGGGGCCAAUCUGAGCGACUCCUACUUCACCAAUCGUCAGGAUCGCUAUGUACUUCUGGAGGACUGCGGUGAGGUGGCUGAUUUCUUUGCUGAACUCGUGGGAGCCGUGGGCGAUGUGUCACUGCAGCUGCAGCCUGACAACAGUGUGCACAUGAUGGAGGGAAUGGUGCAUCCCUACAAAGGUAACAGAGCAGACUUUUCUGCAUCGGCACAGAGACGGAUCCAGGAAGUGGUGAACACCGCCCGUGUCCGGCAGAGCAUGCUGGAGGCAGAAUGCUCGGAGAUCCCAGACUCGGAUGGAACGGUGCCAAAUGACACCUGGAUCUUUCCACUUGUGCAAAUGAAGCCCCUUGGCAUUCAUCUGGAUGAACAAGUAACCAAACGACUGCUCACAGAGGCAGGUGGAGACUCAGUUGUCUAUCUGACAUCGGGUUACUUCAACCUGACGCACACGUACAUGCAGCUGGUGCUGGGUGCAGCAGCAGACUACCGUAUCCUCAUGGCCUCUCCAGAGGUUAAUGGUUUUUUUGGAGCCAAAGGAGUAGCAGGAGCAAUUCCUGAGGCCUACGUUCACCUCGCACGACAGUUCUACAAUAAGGUGUGUCAGCUGGGACAGCAGAGUCGUGUCCUCUUGCAUGAAUACCAUCGCCCAGAUUGGACAUUUCAUGCUAAAGGUCUGUGGUACUAUGUGGGAGGAAGAGACAGCCCCUGCCUCACUCUCAUUGGCUCCCCAAAUUUCGGCUAUCGCUCUGUGCACAGGGAUCUGGAGGCUCAGAUUGCCAUAGUAACAGAGAAUGAGGAACUCCAGAUGCAACUGCAACAGGAGCAGGAGAUGUUGUACCAGAGUUCAACACAAGUGUCAAACUCUACGUUUAAUCAGCCAGACCGCCGUGUAAAGCUGUGGGUCAAACUGGUAACGCCACUCAUCAAGAACUUCUUCUAAAGUUCAGCAGGCCUGAGGUGAUGGAUCUCUCCCUGUCUGUGACAGAGACGUCACUUAAGCUGAGAGGUCUAAUGGACAAUGUUAACCAACAACCCAACAAGCUAUUUAGCAAAGAAUGAAUUUGCAUUUUCAUUCUGACCAAGUUUUCAAGUUUUCCGGGUCAGUGCGCACAAGUUGGUGGGCAAUAUGCUAAUAUUUCAUGUUGACGUCAACAUGAAACUGCUUAAAAACGACUCGUUUAAUGAUUUAAUGAGUCGACUUUUUCUUUUGAGAGACAACUUUAUACAAGGUGCACUUUCAGAUUUAAAACUUUUCAUUCUCUUAGAGCUGUUACACACUGCAUGAAAAGUCCAUUUCAAAAAUCCAUAAUGGGGGCGCUUUAAAAUAACAUAAUUGGACCUAUGGGUUAAUAACAGACUUCUAUAUCUUGUCGUAUGAUAAUUAACACUAAGUAUUGUUCAUUGUUAGCUCAUGUUAACUAAUGAUUGAUAUCAAUGUUAAUGUAGUUAACUUGGAUUAACAAAUGCAACUUUUUUUGUAAAAUUUUAGUUUUAGCACUUAAACAGUCAAUUUUUCACAAUCCAAUUAAUUCCCAGUGGAUAAAAUCAUGUCUCACCUAUUUCGGUUUAGUUGAUUGUCCUGUUUCAUAUGCUAAUGUCACAUUACUGAAAUGAAAUGGCUUACAAAUGGUAAUUCAUGUUGAAUUUAAGCUGCCGUGUGUAAGCCUCUACCAUCUUAAGCCGGAUUUUUCCAGCAGGGAUGGUUCGGUGGUAUUGGGUAUUAUGUGCAUUUCAUUAUGUUGAAGCAUAAACGAGGCAUUCGCAUGAAAUGCUCAGAAGGUACUAGCCUAAAGCAAACAAAAACAGCAUUCAGCAUUUUAUUCCGCUUCCAAACGAAUGACUUGGCUCUCUUGCGCUCGGUAUAGUCAGACUUUCCCCGAACAUAGAUAUAUAAAACCCCAGCUUGCCAGACAGCGGGUUCUGAAGAAUUUACAUUGUCACUCCAGUGGUUCCUUCAACCCAAAUCCCCGUCACACAGCCCAGCGUAGAGCUAGCAUGGUCAGACCACAGCAUGAAUCUGGCCAUUCCAGUGCUGUCAGAACCAGACUUCAGCUGCACUGGCAGUGACCUCCGUGAGCCCUCCGUCGCUCACAUCUGGAGUCUGUUACAGCUGCUCUUUCUGCGUGCUGCACGAUUCCUUCCCUCGCCUCCAUUUGAUUACUAACAUUCUCUGUCUCGCUUGCGAAAUGUCAGGAUUUAAGAUUAUGUUUAACUUUGAGCCAAAGCCAUUGGUAUUAACAAAAUACGCUUUGUACGUUAUGAAAAUUCGAAUUAAGCUGAAAGGUCUCUACCUCUUUUCCUUGCAUUUAGCAUGAGCAGUACACACAAAAUCAGCUGAAAGCAUAGCAGAGGUGGAAUAGCUACCAUCCCCAAAUUUGUAUGUGUUAAAUAUAUAUUUUGAUCUUUUCAUCUAUUAAUAUGAGUGUACAGUGACCCAAAAUGCUUAAAAAUGUUUAAAAAAAAACAACAACAAAAAACGGUGUUAGUGUUUUCUCAGAAGUAGCUUGUUUUUCUUCCUUUUUUUGUAGCUGACUGGACUUACUAGACAGUAAGUGUAAUGAUAGCUAUAAUGUUGUAAUAACCAUUUUAUGGGAAUAGGGAAGUCCACAGCUAUAAUUAUAACAAUAACAAAGUAGUUGGUAUUACUUUGAGGACAAUUUUUAACCGCCAAUCAGAAUCCACCCCAAUUUAAAAGAGCUUGAGCAUUUAAAGCAGCAGAUGACAAAACAUUAUCAUCCACUGGUGUAGACAUAUAAAAGUGUGACAUGAGUGUCCACUGUGGUAUUAUAGUAUUCCUGGCCAUGUUGAAAUCCAUUCUACAGAAUUUUAGGGAUAGUUUCCCAGAAUCAUUGCAGAACAGUCGAGGUGUCACUUACUGGGAAGAAUUUCUCCACUAUGUCUUUGUCAGUGAAUCACAUUUCUAAGGAAAUGGCCUUAACAAAAAUUCCAGUCACUGCUUGAUUGAGUAUAUUGCAUUUGGAAAGUUAUCAAAAUAUAAAGGACGUUAUGUAAUAAUACUAUAAAGUUGCUCAUUUUGACUUGCAGCAGGGUUGUCUGUAGUCAAGAAAAGUUUCAUUUGACAAUUAUUUACUUUACUUAGUACUCCCUCUGCCCUCUAGUGAAUAAUCACAUGCAUUACA